UUUCUCUUCUCUGUAACUAAACUAAGCCUUAAAAAAACCUCUACCGCUCGUCUCUCUCUCUCUCUCUCUCUCCCCAAAACCCUAGAUGUAAGAAUGGCAUCAAGAGAUCUCAUCACAAGCCACUCGAAGCUCCUCUCUCGAAUGGCUGUUCGUUCCCUUCGCACCUUCGCUUAUUCCGACUCCAAUUCCGAAUCAUAUAUUCCAACUAACAAUUCGGAUUCGGACUCGUGCUCCAAACAACUUCCUCACGCUGAAGGUAAGAAAAACAGAGCAUUCAAUCGAUUCCUAAAAGAAGGACCAGCAUAUCCCUGCAAAGAUGAUGAUCAACACUUGAUCAAUCCGCAAAUGAUGAUGAGGAACACUUGCGACAGCCGGCAAUGGUUUAUAAGCUUAGAGCCUGAUGCAGUUAGAGAUGUUGUGAGUAAUACCUUUUUUACUAAUGAAGCUGGUGAUGCAAUCAACGGUGAGGGCCCAGGUAUACACCCUGCCUAAUUGUACAGCGUGGCUAUGCCACACAGGCGACACCCGAGCGGUAAGGACUUCACAUGAUGACUACUACGUGGCAUGAGGCAAGUGGAGUGCUAGUGUAUUCCAGCUUAGUGUAGAGAAAUAUACAGUAUUGUAGAGAGAGUCGGAAGAUUUUAGAAUAUUGGAGAACAUGUAAAUAUGUAGAGAACUAGAGAAGAGAAGAUUCUAGAUGAGUAGGGAAUUUUGUUGAGUUUGUAAAUACGUAAAAUAUGUAUGAAGUUAAAGAGAGUGGUGAGGAGGCCUAUAAAUAGAUGACUAGUGUCAUAUGUAACCAACAAGUCCUAGAGUGUGAGUUAAGAGCCAAGUGUCAUUUGUAACCAAGUUCUAGAGUGUGAGUUGAGAGCUAAAUAGAGAACUUGAGCUAGCCUUGUACAAAGCAUUCUUUGUAGUAAUAGAAGUGUUCAUUCCUUGUACAAAGCAUUCCUAUACAAUAUGAUUAACUGGUUUAUAAUUACAUGUUUAAGCAGCAAAUUUAUGUUUUGGAGAGUUGUCCGAUUAAUUUACCAAGAGACGGUAUAUUUGCAUGUAUUUGGCGUCCGCCACCUGUUGGUUGGCACAAGUUAAACGUCUCUGGGUUUUUUAAGGAAAAUCUUGGUGGGACUAAAGAAGCUUCUUGUGGAGAAGUAUUCCGAGAUUGUAAGGGAAUGAUUUUGGAAAUUUCCAUAAGCCACUUCCUGAUGCAACGUCUAGAGAUGAAGUAUUCUUACUUGGAGUGCAUCAUGGGAUUGAUGAAAUUCUCCGAAGUAAAUCAGAAGUAAAGGAAAUGAUAUUUGAGAUUGACCAUAAAACAAUUGUCAAGGUGCUAAAUGAUGAGAAGCGUAUACCAGUGGAGUAUUUAGAACUUUUUAAUUACGCUUUUUGUAUAAAGUUUGGGUUUAUUCUUUAAAUUUAGAUUUCUGUUUUCAAUUAUAUUGAUAUAAAAACUAUUGUUUUGCAUAAAAAUUAUUGAUAUGUUGAAAAUUUUUGAUGUUUAUCACAUAAAGUUUCUACAUCCUCAAGGAAAUGCUAUAGCUAAUAGAGUUGCGUAUAUAGCUUCACGUUUGACCUUGGGAGUUGGGACAAAGUUUUCCGAAAGGCAAAAAAGGUUUUGAGACACAAGUCAUGUGUGAUCAAUUGAAGAUUCCACGACAUGAGAUCUAUCCGAAAAAAGGAAUUGAAGCUGAAGAAUCAUCGAAUAACGAAUCAUCCAAUGGCGAAUCGUCUGAUGAGGAAUUGUCUUUAGACAAAUCUGAAGUCAGGUUUUAGGGGCAACAUGGUAUUUGCUGUCAGCUGACGUGCUGGAAAUCAUACUGCAAGAGGGAUUGCAAAAAAGAUUCUGGCCCUACAAAAUGCCGCCUUAAUUAUUUGGAAUGUGAUGCUCUUGACCAUGAGGAUUGCAAGAAUUGUGCAAAUUGUAGAAAUUUUAUUAAGGGUUGGAUCCCGAGAAUGUUAUCAAGUACGUAAUAUUUAAAAAAGCAGUGGUCUCCCCAAAGUUUCUUGAAAAGUAAAUUUUUUAUUGUUUGUGAUUGGGUUUCCAAAAAUUUAGGAAUGUUUUAUCCAAUGGGUAUCACUUGCAUCCACAAACACUUCGUUGUUUUUAUUUCAUUACUAUUACUAAAUAUUAGCGUCAGUUCUCUGUGGAUUCUGUAAACAUUUUAUUCUAAUGGGGCUCAACCCAUAAUUGAAAUCUUAGUGCUUAGAGAUAAAAAUGGAAGAAUAUUAACAAACCAACUUGGUGAGAUUGAUUUUUCAAUCCUUGAAGCUGGUCUAAUAAUCUCUCUCAUUACCUGUUCCAAAACCUAUAUAAAUUUGUUAUACAUAUAAGCACAAUGAGUUGCAUGGACCAUUUGUUCCGGUGAGAAGACCGAGCAUCAACGACCCAAUGGUAGUGACCAAACCAGACGGUGAAGAUGAAGAACUUUGAAUUCCGUCAAGAAAAAGAUGAAGAGCUUCAGUGACCCAUCAUCUCCGGCGAGUUGCGGACCCUUGCCCAGAUCAAGUGUCCAUUAUUACACAAUGGUCAAGUCAAUAUUAAUGGGUGGUCAUGGUUUGUCACUUCUAUAGCUCUUAUGAAAAAAAAAAAAAAAAAAUUAUUCAAUGUCCAAAUUUAGAAUUAAUGAAUUAUAAGUUUUCAAGGUG